CGGCGCCGCGUUGAUGGCCCUGCUCCCGCGGCCGGCGCUCGCUCUCCUCCUCCUGGUCCUGCCCGCCGUGCUCAGGUGCCAGGAGCAGGCCCAGCCCACCGACUGGAGGGCCACCCUGAAGACUAUCCGGAACGGCGUUCACAAGAUCGACACGUACCUGAACGCCGCCUUGGACCUCCUGGGAGGCGAGGACGGGCUCUGCCAGUAUAAGUGCAGUGACGGAUCUAAGCCUUUCCCACGUUAUGGUUAUAAACCCUCCCCGCCGAAUGGAUGUGGCUCUCCACUGUUUGGUGUUCAUCUUAACAUUGGCAUUCCUUCCCUGACAAAGUGCUGCAACCACCACGACAGAUGCUAUGAGACCUGUGGCAAAAGCAAGAACGACUGUGACGAGGAGUUCCAGUCCUGCCUCUCCAGGAUCUGCCGAGAGGUGCAGAAAACACUAGGACUCGCUCAGCAUGUUCAGGCAUGUGAAACAACAGUGGAGCUCUUGUUCGACAGUGUUAUACAUUUAGGCUGCAAACCAUACCUGGACAGCCAACGAGCUGCAUGUAGGUGUCGCUACGAAGAAAAAACUGAUCUUUAAGGAGCUGCUAGCGGGUGGUGACAGCAGUUGAGGAUGGAAGAACAUGACCUUUGGUGAAGAACUAAUGUUUUUACAGUAUAAGGCUGCUUUAUUUUUGUGAAAGGAUUAUUUUAAGACUUUCUCUUGACAUUAAAACUUCAAACUAAAGAAAAAGCAGGAUGUUUAUGUUCCUGGAUGUUGCUGCCUUAUGACCAAUGUCACAGAGAGGUGCAUGUUAAGGGGAAAAUCUUUUUUUAAAAGAAAGAGUCUGUAACUUUAUUUUCACAGCCGUAUUUAUAAAGUAAACGAGGUCAAAUGUAAAAUGUAAAAUUCAUUAUAAGGUUUGUUCAACAUAUCUUAUUUGGAAAUAUGGGAAGAUCUUCACUCAGAAGUAUAUUUGUUUACUAUAAAAUUUUAAAUAUACAUUUAUGCCAGGACGGAUCUGACUUUAUUUUUUCUUUGUUUUAAUUAACACAAAAUAUGAUGUUUUUCUGUAGCCGAUUGAGUGUAUGAACAAGUCACACUUCUGUUAAUGACAGGACUAGUUACGAGGACAAGGUUUCCAUGGCUGUUUCUGUUGUAAAAUUGGAACCAUCAGCUAGUGACAUCUAAGGAUAUCUAGGUAUUAUGUAAUGUGCCUAAAAAUUCAAAAGCAUAGCUGCUCCCAUUUUAUGAACCACUCAUAAGACAAGUGUUAUAUUUUGUUAUGACCUUUGCCUAAAUUGGAGAAAAGGUGGAUUUAAUGAGACAAAUGAAAAGUUGUUUAACAUACACAUCAGCAUUAUAUGCUGUUGUGCUUUGGUGUUUUUUUCCCUAGUCCUUGCUCCUCAUAGAUUCUGGGAUAUUUUGAAAAGACUGUAACCUUUUACUAAUAGUGGUCUUAAUAAAAAUUGUUCUUGAUAUUGUU